GUUUAAAGAUGUUAAUUAAUGAAAAAAAAUCAUGGGCAUUUUGGUAAAAACAAAGCACAGGUUAAAUACAAUGUGAAUGCAAUGAUGGAAAAAUGAAAAGUCCCAAAACCCUGAAAAUUUGUACACAUUCAUCCAGAAAAAAAGACCAAGAAGCCAAACUUUUCCUCUUACAGAGAAUCUCUGCACGGAGCGAUAACCUCCCUUCAAUCUCUCUCUCUCUUCUCUCUCUUUCACUCUCUCUAUCUUUCUUUUUUCUCCUACAAAAUCCACCAACACAAACCCCAAGCUCUCAUUUCUUUGAACCUCAUGGAGAUCUCACAGAAGCUCCUCAAGUUCAAGUUUCACAUCCUCUUCGCUCUCGUUCUCUGCGUCGUCGUUUCGACUCUGAUCAUCGUAGCUCCUAGAUUCGUCACCAUCUUGGCUUACUUCUGGCCGCUUUUUCUCUCCACGGCUCUCUUUCUCGUCGCCGUUGUCGUCUUCGCGAAGACUUCCUUACCGGCUACCGACUCUCACGUUGACAAAGCCGGUGAAGGUCUCCUAGAUUUCGUCGCCGGCCCACCUGAACAUCACGCCGUAGAAAGUUUCAAGUCCGAGUAGCACCAAAAAAAAAAAAAAAUGUAACUUUUUCCCUCUUUUGUAAUUUUAACUCUUUCUUCCCCUUUUUCUUUUUUUUUUUUUUUUUGUUUCUUCCCGUUGAUUUGUAGUUGACAUGAUGUGGACUGUGUAUCCUGGGAAGAAUAAUGUUAAUGACAUUUCGGUC